CCGACGUUGGCCUGACGCUCAUGGAGCAUCUGCAGGUCAUGCCCAUCGUCAGUCCCGACCACGACGACGACGAUGACGACGAUGACGGUGCUAGGGAGCUACCCGCCCCCGCCUCCAGGGACGAGCAGACACAGUUCAGGUGUCCCAUCGACCAGGUCUUCCACCUCUCAGAGGUCUUUGUCGAGACGCUCGCCGAGCUGCUUCCCCGAUUGCCGCCGCCCUUCACCAGCACACCCAUCAGCCCCCUCACACCAGACUGCCUAUCUCUCGACGCGGCAUCAGAGCUGCUCAUCUUCUCGACGUAUCUGCGCCUCCUGGAGAUAUAUGACCGGAUCCUGCAACACAUUCAACUGCACUGCCAGCAGGGUUCGAGGCCAGCCGCCAUAACCGCUGCACGGGCACCAGCCUCCUCCGCGUUAUCACUAACGUCAACCUCCUCGGCUUCCAACACCGCGGGUGGCCGACCGCGAGCAUCUUCGUCAUCUGGCAUGGGCGGCAAUAGCAACGGCAACAACAACGGCAACAGCAGCAGCAGCGGCAGCGGGAUGAACGCCGCCUUCAACCUCCCCGGCUGGUCCAUCGGGACUUUUUCCCUGUCCGCGCAGUCAAAGACCCAGCAGCUCUUCAUGAUCCACCUGAUCGAGACGAUGCUGACGCGCGCCAGGGACCUCGUAUCGGACGCGGUGAGCAAGAAGGCCACCCUGGGGUACCGGGGCAACUGGGAGUGCUUUGGGGGCCUGUCGCUGAGCAUAGUGCCCGACCUGGCGGUGCAGGCGAUCCGGGCGCGCGAGAAGGCCGCCAUGAGGAGGGUGGCGGGGAUCAAGGCUGCGCUGAGAGGGUGAAUGAGGAGGGAAGAGAUGAAAAUGAUGGCUUUGAAAGAGAGAGAGAGAGAGAGAGAGAGAGA